AUGUCCAACACAUAUUUCAUAAUUAUUUCCGAUGCCGAUGAGACUUACGCGUUCAUACUUCACUUCAUUAACGAAGCCCACAUGAUGAUCAUGGUUUGGUAUUUCAACUCGUUUGCAGUCCUCGGAUCGAUGCUGUAUCGCAGCAUCAACUAUCGAGUGAGCCAUGCGGUUGAUUUGCUACGUGAUUUCGACAACAACGUCACCUACUGGAACGGUCACAAAGCCAGGAAAUCGAAAGUGUGUCGAGAUGUACUUCAUGAAAUUCAACACCUAUGCUACCUACACCGGUUAACUAAGAGGACUUUACAGGAGAUACGCGAGCUGUUUCAGUUGCCGAUACUGUUGACGGUUGUCUAUGAGUUCACGCUUGUCAUUUCCACGAUCUACUAUACCUACACUUCAUUCGUGCAAGACGUUCGUGAUGGAGUUGCCAACAACUAUGCAGCAUACGCUAGCUCGCUAUUCUACAUGUGUUGUAUGGCCAAUCAGUUCUUUCUGCGAGCUUUGUUCUUCGAGCAGGUGACACGAAGGGCUCAAAGAACCGGAGUUCUGCUGAACGAGUUCAUCGAAUCUGAAAUUGACCACGAAGUUGAUCAAAGUAUCGAAUUCUUCACCUUGGAGCUACUGCAUCAGAACUAUAAAAUAGAUCUCUUCGGACUGUUUUCCGUGGAUAUGUCGCUGAUUUAUCAGGUGUUUUUGACUUGA